CAAGCUUGUUCUCUUCUUCCGCUUUUUGCCGAAAUGUCCUUGAAAUCAUUCACAGAUUCUCCCAACUUCGCUCCACUCCUUGCUUUCUCUUUCGCUGCGUUGUGUUGUGCGUCGUGGUGUCUGCUCCUUUUGACAAGAUGAUGCGUAGUCGAACUGCGGAGUUCAAGGCCUCGAGGAAGCGGCGAAAGGAGACAUGUGACAUUAACGAGCACAGGCUUCUUCAGCGACUGGAGAAGCUGCUGUUCAAAGGCCCAUCAAACCAGCAAUCGUCUCAGCGGAAAGAGUAUGAGAAAUCGGUGGUGCCAUGGGUGGAUGGCAACAUGGUGCCGCGGUGUCCGGAGUGUGCAGUGCGAUUCUCGCUCGCCCGCCGACGCCAUCACUGCAGGCUGUGCGGGGCAGUCAUCUGUAAUGACUGCAGCCUUGGUCUUGACGUGGGUGCAGCAGUGAGCUUGACGGUGAGUCCACGCCUCGCUGAUGCGCGCAAGACACCGAAAGAAGCGGAGGCAGAGCGGCAGCGGCGAAUUGCACAGAAGAAACGAAAGUUGGCGCUCGAGGAGACAUCCUGUAUCCGCAUCUGCCCCUUUUGCCAGACGUCCUUGCAUAGGUCACAGCUGCGGCAGGUGCGGGAAGCAACAGACAAGCAAGUCUCCUCAAUCGUCCCUCUCUACGAGGAGAUGAAGCGGGCGCAAGCGGCAAUCCAGCGGCAGCUGCCCGACUACAACUCUUUUGUGCACCGCAUCGUGUCGAGCGGGUCUGUUGGUCUCCAUUCGGAUGCAAGACGAAUGCGCGACGACAUCCUCCGCCACUUUGAAACACUCAGGAAGAUCAGCAAAGCCGCUGCUGGGGGUGGCGGUCUGGAUGUGAGCGAACGCCCGUCGAGCAAGAAGGUGCUUGCAAGCAUGCAGGCUGCGAUUCGGGAGUUUCUGCAGUUGUACACGGUGGCCAUGACGAAAUUGCCGGACGAGGAGGAGCUUGCCGCCAUAGCGGAGGAGAAGCGGCAGGAUGCAGAGGAGCGACGACGCGCGCAGAGAGAGGACGAGGACAGACAGCGGAGGCAGCGACAGAUACUCAUGCAGCAGCAACACCAACAGCAACAGGCACAAGCGCACGAACAGCAGCAGCAGGAACACCAAGCACACCAGCAGGAGCAGCAGCAUGGUGAUGGUGCAGCAUCCACAUCAGCGGUGUUGGAGUCGGGUGGCAGUCGAUUUUCGCUACUUCGGCGCAUGCGCGGGACGGCAAAGCCCACCACACCGUCUGCGUCUGCGUCAGUAUCAGCACAGCAGACCACGCACGGUGCAGGCCACCCAGGGUCCUCAUCAUCGCCAUCGUCGUCGUCGUCAUCAUCACACGCGCGGGCGCGACAGCCGUCCGUCACCACGCCAGAACGAACUGUCCCCGACGACUUUGAGGAUAUUGUGGAGGCGGAAAAGCGCUCACUCCUCGUGUAUCUCCGCGAAGCGCAGAAGGCCGGGCGGACGGACGAGGUUGCGAUGCUCAAGGCACAGCUGCAGCAUCUCGAGGUCUUUCGCUCCGAAUCCGCAAUCGACACCGCAACGUCGUAGAUCACACGUGCAUGCAAGCAUGCGCACAAUACACGCGCGCACGCAAGCACGGUGCACAACCAGGCUGCCUGUGGUUCGAGAUGGUGUGUAGGGAUGGUUCACUUUGCGCGGGCGACGUGUGUGUAUUUGUACAUUUUCACGGCCGCGUCGGCGCCCGCAGAGACGAGCAUCUCCCCAUGCCAAAUCUAAACGAUGCGUGUAUGUGUACAGACGUGCGCGUGUUUGAGUGUAUGAGUGCGCAUGUGUGAAUGUUACGUGUGCAUGUGUAAAGUGUUACGUGUUGUGAUUCCCUUGUUACCGCACCCCAGGUCUCGUGCAAAUGCACAAUGCAUGAAUGAUGUCUGCCUGUUGGUGUCAUUCUCCAACUAAACAACGACAGCAGCC